AUGUCUAGUUUCUUGCGUUAUUUGUACUUAAAGGUUCUCGUUACCUUUUCACGCGUCCUCAUUAAACUACUUGGCUCGCCGUCGCGGCCGAGACCCGACGACGUUAUACAAAUAGCAUCUCGCGACAAGCGUCGCACUAUCAAAGUCCAUGUCUACAAGCCACAUACCGCAGAUACUGAAAGCUCUAAUGCAGCUCCGAUUCUCAUAAAUCUAUAUGGCUCUGGCCUUGCGAUACCUCUUCAUGGUAUGGAUGAUGACUUUUGCCGAUUUGUCGCCGACGCAACCGGCUAUGUUGUGCUUGAUGUCAACUAUUGCCUGGCUCCCGAGUACCCAUUCCCUGCAGCUCUUAACGAUGUUGAGGAUGCUGUAAAAUAUGUUGUUGAUCACCCGAACGAGUAUGACGCCUCUCACAUCUCCAUCUCUGGGUUUUCGUCUGGCGGCACUCUCGCGCUUGCCGCUGCCUUAACGACUCUUCCACGCGGAACGUUUCAGUCGCUUAUAGCAUUCUAUCCUGCGACAAAUCUUUUCCAAGACCCGAGUUUGAGAAGGGCUCCCGUACCAGGUAGGAAGGACCGGUCGCCCUUCUGGACUAGGAUCUUCCGAGAAUCAUAUCUCAGGGGAAUGGAUCCUCGCGAUCCAAGAAUCUCACCCGCGUUUGCGGGUACUUCAAAUCUUCCGGCAAAUAUGCUGGUCGUUACAGGCGAGUUGGAUCAAUCAGCAGUAGAGGCAGAAGAGUUAGCUGAGAGAGCAAAAAAUGAAGGGCAUGCUACUGGUAGAGAAGUCAUCAUUCGCAGGAUGAAGGGCUGCGGGCAUGCAUUUGAUAAGAAACUCACCAGCGAAUUCUCUGUGGCAGCAAAAAAUGAGACAUAUCAACUCGCUGUUGAGAUGCUGAAGAAGGUUAGGAAGUAA